UCUUCAUCUAUUGAUCUUGGAUUUGAUCAUUCAGCUAACUCUGGUGAAUCAGGAGGUUUCAAUGGUAUAGAUCCUACUGUUCGUGAUUCUUGGAAGGACUUAGAGUUCAAUACACCAGAUGAUGCAUAUAAUUUUUAUGUUGAUUAUGGGAAUCAUGAAGGUUUUGGUGUGAGGAUUUAUAACCAAUCAGCGUGUCCGAAACUCAAUGGUGGUUCUUCAGCUGUAUAUUAUAUCAAGUAUUGUUGCAAUAAGGAAGGUUGGAAAAGAGGUAGCGAGAAUAACCCUGAUAAUGCAGGUGUUGUUGAUACGACAGUUCGUGUUCGUAAUGUUCCAGAACUCAGGGGUGGAUGUAAUGGUGCUUAUAUACGACUGAGGUGGUUUAAAGAGUUUAAAUGCUACAAGAUCUAUCGUUGGUAUAAUGUGCACAACCAUGACAUGAUUCCUGAGUCUCUGCGUCACUAUGUGAGAUCCAGCAGACGAAUGGCUCCUGUGUAUAAGAUGCUGGCAGAGGUGAAUGAUGCUGCUGGUAUUGGUGUGACUUCUUCGUAUAAUGCAAUUAGUAGGGCUGGUGGU